AUGACUCACAGCAGCGAAACUUUUCGGGGAACUUUCAUCGCCGCUGUGAAUGGAAAUGAAAACACGAAAUCUAGAAGAAACAGAUCUCCAUGCUCCACGUCUCGUGUCCUCCAUCUUCGUAAAAUUCCAAGUGAUGUCACUGAUGCAGAAGUCAUUUCUUUAGGUCUCCCUUUUGGUAAAGUAACUAACCUCUUGUUGCUGAAAGGAAAACAUCAGGCUUUUUUGGAAAUGUCUUCUGAAGAAGCUGCUGUUACUAUGUUGAACUACUAUACUCCUUUUACACCUCAUAUCCACAGUCAGCCUGUUUUUAUUCAGUUUUCCAAUCACAGUGAACUGAAGACUGACAACCUACCUAAUCAGGCUAGAACUGCAGCUGCGUUGCAAGCUGUGGAUGUUGUGCAGUCUGGAAGCCAGGCUACUACAGAUGCUCCUGCUACUGAAUUUAGGCCCCCUCCAGGUCAAAGUUCGGUCCUUCGAAUCGUUGUUGAAAAUCUUGUGUAUCCUGUCACUUUGGAAGCACUGUAUCAGAUUUUCUCUAAAUUUGGAACUAUCUUGAAGAUUGUCACCUUCACAAAGAACAAUAAAUUUCAAGCUUUGCUUCAGUAUUCUGAUCCAAUGAAUGCAAACCAUGCCAAACUGACUCUAGAUGGCCAGAAUGUCUACACUGCAUGCUGCACUCUGCGUAUUGAUUUCUCCAAGUUCACCAACCUUAAAGUAAAGUACAACAAUGACAAAAGCAGAGAUUUCACUCGGCCUGACCUUCCUUCUGGCGAUGGCCAGCCCUUCCUGGGACCCAGCAUAGCCACUGCCUUUGGUCUGCCAGUUCCAUCUGCUCCUGGAACACUUGGUCCCAUUGGAAUGUCCAAUUCUGCGUUGUCUGAACAGGUGACUCUUCCAAGUACUACUGGUGUUCCAGAAAAUUCUGUUUUACUGGUCAGCAACCUCAACUCUAAGGUCAUCACACCACACGAACUCUUCAUCCUGUUUGGUGUGUAUGGUGAUGUGUAUCGUGUGAAGAUUAUGUUUAACAAAAAAGAAAGUGCUUUGGUUCAAAUGGCAGAUGCAAGCCAGGCUCAGCUAGCUAUGAGCUACUUGAAUGGACAGAGGCUGUAUGGAAAGUUCAUCCGUGCUACUCUUUCGAAAUAUCAUACAGUUCAGCUUCCUCGUGAGGGACAAGAGGACCAGGGUCUGACUAAGGACUAUAGAAAUAGCCAUUUGCAUCGCUUUAAGAAGCCUGGCUCCAAGAACUUCAAAAAUAUCUUUCCUCCAUCUGCCACCCUGCAUCUUUCUAACAUCCCGCCUUCCGUUACUGUUGAUUAUCUGAAGAACCUUUUUGCAGGUACUGGAUCUACUGUGAAAGCCUGCAAGUUCUUCCAGAAAGAUCACAAAAUGGCUCUCAUCCAGCUGGGUUCCGUGGAGGAAGCAGUCCAGGCUCUCAUUGAACUUCAUGAUUAUGACCUUGGAGAAAAACAUCACCUCAGAGUUUCCUUCUCAAAAUCUAAAAUCUGACUUUUCUGUGAACUUUCCUUCUAAGACUGCAUCACAGUUUUA